CCUGUCUCCGCUCGUGAGAAACAGGAAGUGCAAAUAUCGCACAAGACAGCAACUAAAUAUAGUAAAUACAAAGUGGUUCAUUUAAUGAUUUAAAACAACGUUGACAGUCGGCUUUUUCAGCAUGAGCGGAGAAGAGGCGGUGGUUUUUGACCCAAAAGAGCACCAGCACCUGCGCUACAACCCUCUGCGUGACAGCUGGGUGCUGGUGUCGGCCCAUCGUAUGAACAGACCGUGGGCUGGUCAGGUGGAAAGACCCCCCGAGGAGCGUGUCCCCAGAAAUGACCCCAAAAACCCCCUGUGUCCUGGGAACACCCGAGCAAACGGAGAGGUCAACCCUGACUACGACAGCACUUUUGUGUUUGACAAUGACUUCCCUGCACUUCAGCCUCACGCUCCAGAUCCAGGCUGCUGUCAACAUCCUUUAUUCCAGUCCAAAGCCGCCAGAGGCGUCUGUAAGGUCAUGUGUUUCCACCCCCACUCUGACGUCACCCUGCCCCUCAUGAAGAAGGAGGAGGUCCUCACAGUGAUUGACAAGUGGGUCCAGCUUGUUGAAGAGCUCGGCACCACGUACUCCUGGGUUCAGAUAUUUGAGAAUAAAGGCGCCGUCAUGGGCUGUUCAAACCCACACCCUCACUGCCAGGUUUGGGCCAGUAACUUCCUGCCCACCGAGCCCGCUCUGUCCGACCGCCACCAGAGGGCGUUCUAUCAGGAACAUGGAGAACCUCUGCUGCUGCAGUACGUCAGGCAGGAGGUCCACAGACAGGAACGUAUAGUGGUGGAGAGUUCUGAUUGGCUGGUGGUUGUUCCAUACUGGGCAACAUGGCCCUACCAGACCCUGCUGUUACCACGACGACACGUCCUCAGGCUCAAUGACCUCACGGCUGAUGAGAAGGAGGGUCUGGCCGACAUCAUGAAGCGACUGCUGACCAAGUACGACAAUCUCUUCCAGGUCUCCUUCCCCUACUCCAUGGGCUGGCACGGAGCCCCCACUGGCCCCCACCUGAAGGAGGACAACUCCCACUGGCAGCUCCACGCUCACUACUACCCCCCCCUGCUGCGUUCAGCCACGGUCAAGAAGUUCAUGGUUGGCUACGAGAUGUUGGCCCUGGAGCAGAGAGACCUGACCCCUGAGCAGGCUGCAGAGAAGCUGAGAAACCUGUCAGACACUCACUACAAAGACGCAGGAAACUGAGGGAGAAGAACAACAACUGCUGGUCGGGGAAAACCACGGAAAUACACCGAAGGAUAAAUAAAUAUUCAUCAGUGUAGUACUAGUUACAGUACUACUGUGAAUACUGUAAACAGACAGGUAUCUGACAGGAAUAAAAAAAAAAAACUGG